AUGCGGGUGCUAGGCUUAGCACGCUUGUUAAGGGCCGUCUGCCGGCGCUGGCUCGGCGGCUUGAUUGUGGUAGACGACGUCCAGCUCUCGGUCUUCACGGGCGAAUUGGAGUUGGUGGACUGCGAGCUGGACGGGCCGAAGCUGACGCGGCUCCUCGCGAGAUUAGGGCUGCGCUGCCGCGUCGUGAACGCGCGCGCGGCGAAGGUGUCCGUGUCGCUGCCGAUCACGUGGCGCCGCGGCGCCCGGAUUCGAGUCGUCGUGGCGGACCCCGGCGCUUCCCUCGAGCUUGACGACGCCGAGCACGAAGAAACGCCGCAGAAGCCGCGCCGCGCGCUCUGGCGUAGAUUAGCGCUGCGCGUGGCCGAGGCCGUCGACCUCGAGGUGCGGAACGCGGCGGCGCGCUGUUUGUUGAAGGACGGCGCGGCCUGCGGUGUGGGUCUGGGCAGCGCCGCGAUCGCCGCCACCACACCAGACGGCGAGACCUGGCGCAAGCGUGUCGUGAUAAGCGGCCUCUACGCUUAUUGUGAUGAGGACGCCGCCGAGUGGGACGCUCAAGACGCUUACGCACUUUCUGCUGCAUUAGUUGCGGACGCGGCAAAUGCGUUGUCUGUGGAGGAGAACGUCGUGCUAGCGCCGGCUUCACUCACAGGAUCGGUGGCGCUGACGCGAUCUUCAGAAGGAUUGCGCCUCGAUCUAGAUGGAGAAACUUCACACGUCUGGCGCGCGACCGCCUCCGCGAAACGACUGAUGGAGGCCGUCGCGCAGCACACGCCCGUCAAGCGCUCUUCCUCAAGCCAGUCCCUCGACAGCGUCGGCGACGCCGGCUCCGUCAAUAGCGAGGAUUUGCAUGAGGAUCAACAGCUGAAAAGGGACAUCAACGCUGCCUCAAAAAUUAUCAUAGGCGGUUGCCUGCGGGGCGCCCUGCGUUUACAAGUGCGCGACCGUUCCGAUCGGUUAUUUUGCCACGUCGGCGGCUCGUUAGAUUUGAGAGGGAAAUGUGAGGUGGACGAGACUGGUCUGCGAGACUAUGCCGUGGAAGCAGCGUUGGACGAUGUUUAUGUGGGUGACGCCUCACCAUGUACGUCUGCGACGAAGCGGUGGCGCCAUUUGGUAAGGAAGCGGCGCGACCCGUCUCCCUGUGACGAGCAUGCUAUUGGAGAGGCGUGGCUCUCCCAAUCUCCAGCUGUCGUGAAGCUGACCGCCAGACCCGGUCUUAGGAUCGAAGUCUACUGCCGCCACCUCGACGUCGUGCUCCAUUACCCUUUGAUCGGACGAUUGAAGGGUGCCUUCUCCGGUGAAAGUCAGCCGUUCACGACUUCCCUAAGGGUCGAGUUCGCGACGUCCGAUUGCACGGUCGAGCUGCCCUACGACUGGGAUGUGGAUCGAGGCUCGGCGCGAUUAGGGUGGCAUGAAGCUGUGGGUGCGUUGGAUACGUCUCGGAGCGACCCUACAGUCAAUGACGACUUUGACACGGACUUCGCCCAGUUCUGCGCCCGACGCUUAGAUGACGCAUACGACGGCCUCAUCCAAAAGACGCUCUUCGGGGCCGACUGUAGAAGUACGGGCUUCUACCUUCAUGAGAGGGCACCUUUGGAUUAUGAUUUUCGCGUCGAUCGAGCGCGGUGCUCGUCGUUCCUGGCAUCGUCGGCAAAUAUAGCACCCGUCGUCGCGACGUUGGAAGGCGCCUACCUCGCGCUCGGUGUUUCGCGCUUUGCCGAGCCCGGUAGGCGCAUCGGGCUCAAGGCUGGGACGGACACAGCCUGUAAACUAGUUGUGGACGGGCCGCGACUCGCUCGCAUCUUGGCUGUUGUCGGCAAAUACCUAGGAGGCCCGCCGCCUUUGGAUUCGGACGGGCGCCGCUUGCCGCCCCUCGAGACGGAUGAAGCGCCUCGGACGAAUCAGGUCGACGUGGCGUUGGACGUACCACUUUGUAGGGUCGUGUUGUUGGGGCCGGAGGCCUCCUCAAGAUGUCUGGUCGUGACGGUGCGCGACUUAUGUGUCAGGUUUAGACAAAGAGGCCACGGCGACCGGGGCUUCCGGGCGCAAACGUACAGAUUCCGGGACGCGACGAUCGCACUAGCGAAAGAGCGCGACGCCCACGUCAACCCGUCGCGGGACAGCGCGAAGACCAUUGUGAGAGGGACUUCUGAUGGUGCUUUUGAAUACUUGUCAAGGUGGCCCGCGCAGCAGCGACCACAAGGUCCUUUAGGAGACGUGUGUGCGGAUGCUUUAUCAUCAUUAUUCGGUGAUGCGCCGUCCGAGCAAUGUCGCGCGCCCGACGGUCUGAAACGGCUCGUUGUGGAUCAACCUAUUGUCAGGUGCGCGGUCUCAGAAGCUUUAUUUGGCUUCCGCUGCCUGCUGGCGUUCCUGAAGGGCUUCCAGGCGAGAAUCAGGUGGGUCGCCUACGACCCCACCGAAGAAACCGUACCGAUUGUCAAUGCUACGGAGCGGACGAUCGCGAGGAUAGCUGGAAAAGUAGACGUGUCCUCGGCCAUUAAAAAACGAAGAGAUCAAUUACUACAGAGGGCCGCGUCUCGAACGUCGCGAGAACUGAAAUCGGAAGUCGUGGAACGCAUCAAUUCGUUCUCUGCUGAUGAUUUGAGAUUUGUCGCUAGGCUCGAGUAUGAUCUGCGACGGUACGACGUGGUCCUGACGUCGACAAAUGAUCGGCGGCCUCUGGUGAGGUGUCGGGGCGACGCCGUGUACACGACGGACGACGACCAAGUGAGUCAGCUGGAACGGGUCGUAAGGUUAGAUGCAGUGCGCGUCGAUGCGUAUCGCGUGCGCACCGCGAGGUGGGAACCACUAGUAGAACCCGGUUUAAGUGGCACGGCGUGCACUUCCGCCAAAGCGGGCAAGCCUUCUCGGUGUUGCUUGGCCUUUGAUGAUUCUGCUACGGUGGAAGCUACCCUUACAAGAGAUGCUGCUUUAGCUUUGCGAGGUCUGUUGGACGAAGUCAAGGGCGCUCACACUUCACAUCUCACGAUGAAGGACGACCAGGUGCAGACGCGUCUUCUUAAUAAAACUGGUGUCGAUGUGCUGCUGGACGUCUUCGACCACGAAGGAUCGUUCCUCGAGAAGGUCCGCGUUUCUAGAAAUUCGGAGGGGACGUUGUCUCCUAAAUCGGCUCAUGCCAUUAUCAGUCUGAGAGACGGCGAGACGGCCUGGACCGUGGAGCGGCCGUUGCCUUGUAGGACGGCGGCGCGCGUCGUAGCCUCGACAACAGCUGGUACACGACGUCCAAAGAGCCCCUCGCACACGCGUCGUCGAGGAAGGAUUGGCCCGCCCCUGACCUGGUCCGGCGCCUUCGACGGGCGAGGCUCUUUACAACUCACUGUCCGAAGUUCAUUAGUAGCUUCCAACGCGUGCGGGUGUGAUGUGGUCGUGAGCGCCGGUGGGAGAGAUUCGGUCAUCGAACGAGGGCCACCCGAUAACCCAAAGGAGACGUCGUUGGCGUGGCCCUUGGCCGACGCUUUGUAUUUCAAUGAUGACGAUGACGAAGAUGCACCGAGGAGAUUGCCGAAGCUGACGGUGGGUGCCGGGCCAAGAGCUGCCUUGUUGGAUGCCAGGACUUCCCUAUUAGACGCGCCCUGGCGGCUGGCGCGGGCUUCCGUGCUUAAGAGGAGGUGGGUCCUGUGCAGGGUCGUCGCCGACGGAAGCACGAAUAUGGUCCGGGGCGCUCGGCUCGAAUUGCGGGCUCCGCUCAUUGUGAGGAACCACCUGCCCGUUGCUGUGGAUUUACAAGUCAUGCAGCAGCAGGGGACUGAUAAAAAAUGUGCCGCCGAGAGUCAUUUACGACCUGGCGAAUCUCUGGCCGUGUCGUCGGUCGACGUAAGGGACUACUGCUGGCUCAACACCCGAACUGAUGGGAAGUGGGUUUCUGCUAAAAUUAAUUCGCGGAGCUGGCGAAGGGCUGUUGCGGCCUCGAGAGCGCUGGGGCGGAGACCUCCCAAAAGACGCAAGGCUUUGGAGGCCUCAUCGUCGUGUGGCUACGUGCUCGAUGUCGCCACGCCCGACGGGGAUUUGAGUCUGGGGCCUUUACUCUCGACCGGUUCGGCGCCGGCCGUCGCGCUCGAGUGCACACUACGGGCCCCCUGCGUCGUCGUCGACCGGUCCGGUUUAAGCGGCUUGGUCUUCAGCGCGUCGUCCAUUUCAUCUGUGUCAUCUCUAGAAGCAGGAGAAGCACUCGUCGAUGCGACUACGUCUGUCGUAGUACCUUCAUCAUUACGUUUUGCGGCGUACUCUGCUGUUAGUACAAGACCCCUCUCGUCGAAAAGGAGAGCGUCAGCAAGGCACGAGGGUUUAUUCUGGGUGCCCGACGGCGACGGGGCCUUCCUGAGGCACCCUUGUACGAGGCAACUCAUGACCUGUGGCACUGAUCUAGUUGAUACUGACUUCACUCUAUCAGUUGUAGCGCGGAGCGCUUGUACCAUUUUAGUAGCCUGCGACAUGGCACCGACGUGGCUUAAUAACAAGGGUUUCGCGCGGAGCGGCCACGAAAGACAUAAGAUCCUCCACGCGCGAUCGGAUACAACCUUGACGGCCUUCUCCCUCUAUCAGAAAGAGCUACAAGAGGGCGAAGCCUUGACACUCCUACAGGCUAGUGGAAGGUACAUGUACGCCGCCUUCUGUACGACGCAAGACGAUGAGGGAUAUGCCUCUGCAAGGUCCGAGGAGGAGGAGGACUUCUACGAGUGCGUCACGGAGGAGGCGUCGCCCGUACACGUGCUGAACGCGUCGCAAUCAUUGGUCGUGUCGCGGGAUGGUCUCAGUACUUCCGUUAGGUUGGCCGACGCCGCGUCGCUGGGGGGGCCGGUGCCUUUGGACCUUGGCGGCGCUAAAUUGGCGAUCUGCGUCGUGGCGGAGGGGCCCACGCGUGUGGCCACGGUCGUGCCUCGGGUUGUCGUGGCGAACGCUCUUGGUUGUUCCUUGUUGUUGCACGGUCUGACCAUACCAUCAAACGGUAUGGAGAGCUACCACGGGUCCCUUACUUCAUUAACAGUAGGCGCAUCUACCACGGGUGACCUACGGUUAGACAGACACGGCAGCCAAGCCGUCGUCUUAUCGCCUGAAAGACGUACAGUGUCUUUGAAAGAUGCGUCGGUGUUACGGGUCGAAGCGAGGCCUCGAUUGGACGGAGACGACUUCGCUACUUUGUGUUGUGUGGGUAGAGAUAAUGGCGACGCGCCUUUACUAUCGGUUGCGAACGAGACCGACGUCUUGGUGGCCUGCUGGCAAUCAAAGGUCAAAGACGCGCCCGUCUGGCUCGUCGAGCCGCGUUCAGCCUCAGCCUUCGGCUGGAGCGAACCUGAACUCAGUAAGAAGCGGAUUUGCGUCGUGGCGUUUGCGUCUCGAUCUACGAGUGACGCUGAAAGUGUCGUCGAGUCUCAAUUCGCCAAACUAGUCAAAGCAGCAAGGGCGCUGCGCCUGGACGCCGCCGAGGAAAAACGAUUACCUCUACCACUCAUAGACGCUUCCGUUGAUUUCCAAGUGUUAGAUGGACCCUGGGGCGUCGACGCGCGCGUCGACCAAAGAGCUGGGGGGAGGGUGCUGCGGUUGUGUGCGAAGAGCGAAAGUGCUUAUGAUGUUGACCUCGGAGACGCUUCACUAUCAGGAGAAUUUGCCUUUCGCGCGCCCCGGGCGUCGUUGUCGAUUGUGCUCGAUGAUAGUGAAGGGAAGGCUCGGAGGGAAGCCCUGUUUGGCCAAGUCAAACGUGUGGACUUGAGCUGUCGGAGCGCGUUGGACGCCUCCGGUAAACAUGGGGCCGCUCUGGAUUUGACCGUUGGGGAUGUGCGCGUCGAGUCCCACGCGCGGAACGCCCGCCUGAGAGUUGUGCUGGAGCGGGACGACCAAAAUGACGAGGAUGUGCUACAUGCGUCGCUCGCGCGGCAGCGCGACGGCGCCGCGGAGGUCUGGAGGUAUGCUGGUUUACAUGUUGCACCUCUAGCAGUGGCAUUGGAUAGAGCCACGCUCGCCGCUCUCUUCGACACCUACUCGUCCAUCGUAUCACUAGCUCUAGGGAAACAAGGCGAUACGUCAAUAACAACGUGGGCCCGCAACCUCACGGACCGUGAUUUGAGGAAGAGGACCGGCGACGCGGCGUCGCUAUUCAAGGCCUUCUCGAAAGAACCCAAGUUAUUUGUGGACGCGGUCGAACUGGAUCCCACGGAGCUGAGGUGCACGUUGGCGCUGGCAGCUACCGCAUCAUCCGACGAUCAUUUGGACCACAUCGAUUUGGUGGCGCCGCUGGCGGCCAUGUCCGACGCGUCGUUUAAGGCCUCUCCCUUCAUAUUGAGGCAGGCGUUAUUGCCCGCGAGACAACUUAGAUCCGCUCUAGUAGCUCAUGCUCGCCGAGAGUUGGUGAGACAAUUGUUCGGCGUCGUGCUAGAUGUCCCUCAAACGUUACUCCAUGAUCUCGGCGGCGGCGACGUUAUAUCAGGAGUGACCAAUACUAUGGCGGUUCCUACCACAGUCAUCAGUUCGGGCGUCACGGCAUUGGGCGACCGGUUAGCAGGAGCGCACGCCUUGCUGAGCGGCGACGCGGCCUACUUCUGUGAAAGAGCUCGAAGAAGGCGUCGUAGGAGACGACGGGCGGACCGGCGCGACGUCGGCCUCGCGGGCGGGCUGAGAGCGGCCGCAAGGGACGUGGCGCGCGGCGCUGCCGGUGGUCUUGAGAGUUUGUUGUUGGACGCACCGAGAAGCAACGAUGCGAGGGACCUGUGCGGGGCGCUGGUUGGUGCAAUAGUCAAACCAGCGGUCGGUGCCGCCGACGCGCUGGCUGCGGUGGCCGCUGGUAUCACGCAUGAUUGCCGCGGCGGCUCUCAUCAUGAAAGACGGCGAUCAUCCAUACAACAAACGGAAAGGCGCACGGCUCGAAGACGAGCCCUGCCGGCUUUACCAGACGGCGCCGGACCUCGAAGAUUAGUGGCACCCUUCUCGGCUAGAGGGGCGGCGGCCCAGGCCCUGUGUCGGGGCGCGUUCCCGCGGAAGCACGACGAACUCAUGUCGCCGUUGGCACGAGCGAUUCGAGUCGAUCGACCGCGUAAUGACGACGACGACGGCGGCGGGCUGAGUCUUGGAGGGGCAGACGCCGACGACGACCGGGGCGACGUCGCGGCCGACGGCGAGCCCUACGUGUGGCACUGUUCCUUGGCGGACGGGGGGUUAGUCGCUCUAGCGACGCCUGGCGUUGUGGUGCUGACACAAGAUAUCGGCAAACCUUGGGUGGCCCGGUGGCGCGACGUGCGGUGCGCCCAGGACGGUGUUGCGUCCAUAAAAUUUGAAUCGGGGCGCCACGACCCUUUUACGAGUUCUAUCAACGAGUGUCGCGUCGAAUGUACCGAUGUGCGAGGGGCGGCGCGGCUGCGCGCUUCUUUACGGGCCGUCGGUAUAUUAGUGGACGGCGGCGGCGACGACGGCGACGCGGCCUUUGAUGAUGUAUCGGACGGCGACGCGCCGCUGCCGCCUUGGUUGGAAAGUGCAGCCAGGGAGGCCACGGCGCCUCCCGAAAGGCGCAAUUGCUUGAGGGAGCGGUGCAAGGAUGCGCCCUGGCGCCGCCAUCCUGUCGAGGCUGAUGAUGAUGAUGUGCCCUCGCCUGGGUCUACGCCUCGCGCACUGUUGUAGUAAAUAUGAAUUGUCUGUUCAAG